AUGAUCGACGGUGACCAAAGCUAUCAUUCAUGGCGACGACUCGGGGAUGUGGUCAGCUCUCUCUAUGCCUUGGGCUAUCAUGAGCGCGUUGAUUUGACUGCCAUUGGCUCAGCUACACUUGGGUCUUUAAGAAGUGAAGCAUUCUGUCGAGCAUAUUCGGCGGACAAGAACGUCUCAAUCUUCCUCGGGCGGCCAUCAAGAAUGCAUAGGUCACACAGCUUUCUCGAUUUAUCAUUCAAUACUAUCGGCAGCGACUCAAGCAUUGAGUCUUUCGAGUACGCGCAAGAAACACGCUGGACCGUCGCCUGUGCAAUCUUGAAGGAGCGAUCUCUCGAUCUUGCGCGAUUUGUAGACGCAGCAGCUCGAACGCAAGCAAUGCACAUCAUACUACAAGACUGCGUAGCCUUAGAGGCAUCGCUCCCGUCAAGAUAUCAGUUGCCGGGCCAUCUCAAAGACUUUCAAGGCACUGCAGUCGAGCGCGACUUCGUCGCCAGUGCUGCGCUGAAUAUUUUGCAUGUUCGCUUCCUCAUGCACUCAUCACCAAUGCAGGGAGCCUCCGAAAUAGGCAGCGAACUCAUCAUCGUAUCAGCCGCGAUGCUCAAGUUGGUCGGAGAGAUUACUAUUUUGAAGGCAACGCUAGCCAACUCUGGGACGGGCUUCAUCUGGAAGAUCAUCUUCUAUGGAUUGCCUGCCGCCGGGAUCAUCUGUCUUGCGUUAAUCAACCGCGGCGCGCAGAAUGCAGAUACAAGCUUCUCGGUCCCACAAGCGAUGCAAGACCUCAGCGUCAUUGUAGCUCAUGUUGAAGCUGGGGUUCUCCUGUCCCCUGAUCAACCAAACUACGCACUACUUCAAGCAGCAACUGUUACUAUCAAAAGUGUCCUACACACGCUUAAUUCAGGGUCACUAAUUCCGACUACUCAGGAUGGAGUCUCCACUGAGCAAGCCAGCCGAGCGAUUGACCCGUGGAUGCCGUGGGCAGGAGACAACGACUUUUUUGACUUUGAGCUUGAUUUCUGGACGAAUCUGGCCGAACAUCCUGCCCUCUACCAGGACGCGGCGUAG